AUGACGGAAAUAGAAGCUCUCAAGGCCAUUACCACAGAGAACAUUGAUCUGGAAAAUGUUCCCGUUGAAGAGGUAUUUCAACAUCUCAAGAGCACUAAAGAAGGGUUGACCUCUAAUCAAGUGCAGGAGCGUCUUACCUUGUUUGGUUACAACAAACUUGAGGAGAAGAAGGAAAGUAAGAUACUCAAGUUCUUGGGGUUCAUGUGGAAUCCACUUUCAUGGGUCAUGGAAAUUGCAGCCCUCAUGGCUAUUGGUCUUGCACAUGGAGGAGUACUUCUUUUCUUCCCUAUCAUCAUUCAUGGCAAGCCACCGGAUUAUCAUGACUUUGUGGGUAUUGUGGUCUUACUUUUGAUAAACUCAACAAUCAGUUUUGUAGAAGAAAACAAUGCAGGAAAUGCAGCAGCUGCUCUCAUGGCUCAGUUAGCCCCUAAGGCCAAGGCCAUCCGUGACAAGAAAUGGAAUGAGAUAGAUGCAGCUGAAUUGGUUCCCGGAGAUAUAGUUAGUAUCAAACUUGGAGAUAUCAUUCCAGCUGAUGCUCGUCUUCUUGAAGGAGACCCUUUAAAGAUUGACCAGUCAGCACUUACAGGUGAGUCUCUUCCAGUAACCAAAAACCCUGGUUCAUCAGUAUUCUCUGGUUCAACUUGCAAGCAAGGUGAAAUUGAAGCAGUUGUUAUAGCCACUGGUGUCCACACUUUCUUUGGAAAGGCUGCUCAUCUUGUGGACAGUACUAAUCAUGUUGGUCACUUCCAGAAGGUUUUGACAGCAAUAGGAAACUUCUGUAUCUGCUCCAUUGCAGUAGGAAUUGUGAUUGAAAUCAUUGUUAUAUAUGGUCUACAAAAGAGAGGUUACCGUGUCGGUAUCGAUAAUCUUCUUGUCUUACUGAUUGGUGGUAUCCCCAUUGCUAUGCCCACUGUUCUCUCUGUCACAAUGGCAAUUGGUGCACAUCGCUUGGCUGAACAGGGUGCUAUAACAAAGAGAAUGACAGCCAUUGAAGAAAUGGCUGGAAUGGAUGUUCUGUGCAGUGAUAAAACUGGUACUCUCACGCUUAACAAGCUUUCAGUGGACAAGAAUCUCAUCGAGAUUUUCAUGGAAGGCAUUGACAAAGAUAUGGCUGUGCUUAUGGCUGCAAGAGCUGCACGUCUAGAGAACCAAGAUGCUAUUGAUACUGCUAUAGUUUCCAUGUUGUCAGACCCUAAAGAUGCACGUGCAGGAAUCAAAGAACUCCAUUUUCUUCCUUUCAGUCCAGCUAAUAGAAGAACUGCACUAACCUUCCUUGAUGGAGAAGGUAAUAUGCACCGAGUGAGCAAAGGAGCGCCUGAAGAGAUUUUGGAUAUGGCACACAAUAAAUUAGAAAUCAAGGAGAAGGUACAUGCUAAAAUCGAAAAAUUCGCAGAGCGUGGCUUAAGAUCCCUAGGAUUAGCAUAUCAG